CUGACAAGAUGCUCUGCCAGGCCUGUCAGAAGAUAUUUUCUGGCCAUCAGACUUUACUCGAAUAUAGCUGGGUUCAUCCUAAUUCUAAAUGCAAUCAACACCAUCCUUCUUUGCAACUACUCAUCGACGCCUCAGAUUCUGGCUGUUGAAUCUGCCAUAGGCUACUUGUAUUUAUUACUGAGAAUGGGAUAACCGGGAGAUUCGACAGGGUCCGUUGGCUGUAUAGUUCAUUAAAUCACACCAAUGGACAAUGGUACCUUUGGUUUUAUGUUGCAGGUCAGAUAUUUAAAGAGAUAUCCAUAAUGCCACACAAAGGUAUGUGGCUUACAGACAAAAUUAAACUCUGCUUAUGACUAUAUCUAGAGUUAUUACAGUAUGAUUACCCUGUAUAUUGUCGUCACCAUGCUUCGAUCGCAGGUAUUAGCACGAUGUCGGGUGCUGCAUUGGCGCAAGCCACCGCGUGGUACCAACAUUGUUUAUCGGGACACGAGGCGUGUAACGAUAGCUUGGCGUCUACACAGCGCAUGCCAAGCAGACUUCUUAGAAUCAAUGAAGAUCAGUGGUAUGUCAGGCUUAUCAUAAGCAAAGAAGAAGUAGCCAAAGACUCGCACUAUUCAACUUUAAGUCAUUGCUGGGGAAAUUCAGAUAUUUUAAAGCUUACGACUUCAAGUCUAGACAAACUCAAGGCCGGUAUCCCUCUCAAAAUACUCCCAAAGACGUUUAUCGAGGCCAUAUAUGUCGCUAGAAAAAUGUCUAUUCCCUACCUAUGGAUAGACUCACUUUGUAUCAUACAGGACUCUGUUGCCGAUUGGCAGGCUGAAUCUGCUUUGAUGGAAGAUGUCUAUGGAAAUAGUAGUCUGAAUAUUAUGGCUACUGCCUCGAAAGAUAGCCAUGAAGGCCUUUCUCGGGUUCAAAACCCAAUAUUGGACCCGUGUCUAACAGUGCAAUCUAAGUGGGUAGAUGCUACAAACGAUUUAUUCUACUUGACCGACACCGCGUUCUGGAACCGAACAAUGGGCACUGCACCACUAUUAAGGCGAGGGUGGGUUUUGCAAGAACGUGUCAUGUCACCUCGAUCACUCCAUUUUUGUGAAAAUGAGCUAUUAUGGGAAUGUAGGGAGAUGAAUGCUUGCCAAUCGUAUCCGAAAGGGCUACCAAGAAUAUGCGAAUCUACGAAAUCAAAAUUCAAGUUGAAAGAAAUUUCGUAUGACGAAAUUAUUAGAACUCCGAGUAAGGGGCAGGGGCUUGACGAGGUGAAGAAACGUCUAGCUUAUGAUAGAUGGAACCGAUGGAUCUCUUUUUACGUUCAUACAAAUCUAACCAACCAUUCGGACAAACUAGUUGCUUGCAGUGCCCUCGCCAAGUGCACAAGGGCAGUUGUUGAUGAUGUGUACGUUGCAGGCCUUUGGAGAACUAAAUUUGUCGAGGAACUUCUUUGGAGCGUCCAGGAAGGUUCGCGUCCAAGAGAAUAUCGAGCACCGAGCUGGUCCUGGGCCUCGGUUGACGGUCACAUCUAUUUCUCUUCCAUCAUCAAGCGGAAUAUCAUAUAUCAUAUUGAGAUUGAUUCGGUGGAAGUUACACCGGCCUCCCAUAUAGAUGACACGGGAUCCAUAUUAGAUGGAUAUUUUCGAGCAAGAGGACUACUGAUUCGCCAUACGAUUGUCAAAGAUAAAAUUCUUGGGUACAAGCUGCUCGGAAAUGAUGUUCGAAUAGAUUGGAAUGCAGAUGUACACACGCUAUUAAAAAAAGUAGAGAUCCCAGUAAUAGUCCUUCCUAUCUUGACACAUGAACCAGCAGGUGAGCCUUCUCCUAACUGGCACGCCAGUGCUUUACUCCUUGAGAAUAGAAAAGGGUCUCCAAACGGCUUUUAUACACGUAUAGGGGUCAUGGAAAAGAAGGCUAUGUUCUUAAAGGAUAGGAAGGAUUGGGGCGUCGGAAAAUCUGUGGUGGCUAAGUUAGUGUUCCUGAGAAAGCGCGGCAGUUCAGUUAUUAAGUUAUACAAUUCGUUGCGAAACGGAAAAGGGGUAGACUUAUGGCCGGAAUGUGAUAAGAGUUUGUAUCUAGCAGAUUCACCUGGAUCUUUCGUGGUUUAUUGAAGGGAUUGCGGCGGAAACGGAUCGAAUGUCAAAUUGUGCGUAAUGGGGAAUAUCGUAGCCGAGGAGGAAAGGUAUACUGGGCAAGCAAGCUCCUUUACACUUUAGGGCUGUUGAUGUGGGUUGGAAUUGGAAAUAUACUGAGUGUGGGGGUUUGAUACUUGUCAUUUUGGUUUAUGAUCGAUAUUCAUUGAUUUCGUAACGAAAACGAUCACUUUUAUAUAACGAUCUAAAUACCAUUGGCAUAUCGCAUGGUCCGCAUAGUCUUUAGCUAUACCUAGUUGACUAA